AUGAUGCGGCGGGCUUCGGUUGGCGAUGCGCCUUCCGGAGCCUUCCUGGCGACGGCUUCGCUGGACGACAUUGUCGCGCACUCGCUGGAAUACGAGCCGGAGAAGGACGUCUCCGAUCUCAAGGACUCUGAGAACGUUUCGCUGGUGUACCACUUUCUGCGGCACAUAUGGACGUCUAUGACCGACGCGUCGGUCUACGAGCCACGCGAAGGUCUUGCCGGUGACAGCGACGUUAUCCCGUUUCUGCAUUCCGACGAAUGGCGACAGCGCGUUUCCAAGCGCAUCCUGGACCUUUUAUCGCAUUUCCGUGAGGAUCCGUCCGAGGACGGCACUGGCGGCGGCGAGCAGACGCUGCCUGCGCUGCGCAACGUGGCCCAGGGCCACCUGACUACGUGCUUCAAGAUCUUGUCGAGCUAUCUGCUGGUUGGUUGUCAGUCGUCCGUCACGUGCACGCCUCGUCAGUCGCGCCGAGUGGGCAAAAGCGUCCUUCCGAAGUUUAGCAGCGCCGCCAUGUGCUUGGUGGACGUUUACAUGUACAUGGUUCCCAUCGCCAUCGACCUAUCUUCCUUUUUGGACCUCCUUACCGACUUGGUGAAGGGCCUGCCCGUGGAGAGCGCGAAGGUGCUGUCGGAUUUCCUCUACUGCCGCGUGUCGUUUUUGCGCACCAGCUUCGAGCAGCUGGAAGCGUCCGCCACCAACGCGCGGCUGGUGCAAACUGCGGGGGCUAAGAUGAUCGGUUUAGUCCGUGUGCUUGAGGGCGUCCUCGGGGAGAGCGCCGACGGCGACGUGCCGGUGCACAUCUUCAACCUGCGGCUGACCCUCACCAGCUGCCUGCCAAUAUCGCAUCUGGGCGUCUGCAACCGUCAGUCGCUGAGCCAAGAGUUCACCCCCGUUUCCAAGGUCACUGCCGACGAGUGGACCGACAUCGUAACGAUGAGCUUGCGUAAGCGCUCGUACGGCAUAUCCCAGUUUGAGAUAAGCAACUACGAGGCCGUGGCUGCGAUCUCCGCGCCGCCAAGCAGCACGAGCGGGCAGCUGUUCGACCUGAAGUCGCUCGCCGGUCGUGGUGAACCGCGCGUGGAAGUGGCCGACACGUCGCAGCGCAUCCCCAGUUACGCGGUGUACGUGCACUACUGCGACGUGCUCAAUUUCGUGUUCAACCCGUUCAUCAUCGUGGAGGAGACUCAGGAUUACAUGGACGACCUGCAGACGGCGUUCGCCGCCGUGACCGGCUACAUCAUCUCGCUGAUCGAGAAGCCGCAGCCCCCCGACACGUCGCUGUCGUGGAUAAUCCCGCUCACAAGCAGCGUGCCGGCGUUCAUCGCGCGCAGCACGAGCGUGAAGUUCUGGACGAGCUUCCUGUGCGCGAGCAGUUUCGCCCUCCAAUCGUUGAAGAUAUCGCAUAAGCGUACGGCGCCCACUGAAAGCGUGUACUCGCUGCUUCGCGAAAAGUCAGCAGCGUCGCUGGACGCCAUCGAGAAAACUCUGAACCAGUGCAUUUCCAAGAUCGGCGGUCUGGCGGUGACGCUAGAGCGGCUGCUGUGCCGGGAGAAGGAAUGGGUGCUAUGGAAGCAGCGCGGGUGCACCACCGAUGUGCUUGAACCCGUGACCGGGGACGUCUUCACCUUCCCGGAGGACGUGCCGUCCUCCGACGGGGAGUCCGAAGAGGGUGAGAUGGUCGACUUCCUGGACGUUCUCAGCCAGCUGGAAUCCGUGAGCCCCGUCGACGAGAACGGCCUGCCCGAGGUGGGGGCCAACUUCAUUAUCGACGUGAAGGACCUGUGCCUGAACCGCCAGGCCACCGCGUGGUACCUCGAGAAGCGGGCGACGGACAAGCCCGCGUCCAGCGCGCACGAGAAGCUGUACCAGAUGCUGGAUGACUACAUGGAGAAGAUGCGCAUGGACGCUGACCCCGCGCAGGGCAUCGAGGAGGCCGAGCGCAGCAAGCACGACCCGCUGUUCCGGUUCCGCUUCAACCGCCUGUUCGCGAACCGCUACGUGCACAAGUACAUGGACCUGAGCAACGAGGACGUCACCUCUGGCAGCAUCGACUGCCUGGUGGAGUCGCUGCGGUCGUACGACCGGAUGGGCAAGAAGGUUCGCAAGCGGGCAGGCACGUGA